AUGGCAGAAGCCAUGACGAGAACACAAUUGUUUGACUUGUCAAAUGAGGACAAUAAUAACAACCUCGACGAUGGUCAUCAACAUCAAGGACAACAUAAUAAUAACAACAAUCCAUCAACACCUAUGGGUACAUUCGAAACAGAUGAUUAUACAACAUCUUCGACAUCAUCAUCAUACUCAUCAUCGGCGGGAUACCUCACUACACCCGUGGCACCAAUCAAUCAUCAACCUCCAAUCCCACUCAAUCUACCCAUUCAACCAAUCCAACAACAAGUCGUACAUCAUCAAGGCUCACCAUCACAAACAAACUCACCAUCACAACUACAACGCAAACUGCAACAGCAGCAACAACAACAACAGCAACAACAGACACCAUCAUCACCACAGUCAGGUAUCAACUUGAUACCUGCACCCAAGCCAUACCCAUUACAUGAAGCGGCAUUCAAAGGCGAGCACGAGAAGAUCUCUUCACUACUCAUGUUCACUCAAGGCAAGAGUGCCUCGCAUGGCAAGUCACACAGUAACAGCAACAGUCCCUCGCACAGUCGUGUCGAUCAUCAUCAACAUCAUCAACCAAAGCCACAACCAGUAGUAGUCGAUGUAAGCAAGUUGGAGUUUGUUGGCAUCAAUAGCUUGGACUCAAAGAAGACGACACCCCUGCAUCACGCGGCAUUCAACGGCCACAAACAUUGUGUGAAGCUGCUGUUGGCGUCAGGCGCCUAUCCCGACAUCCAGGACAUUGACGGCUGCACACCCCUGCACAACGCCUCGUUCAACGGCUUCAAGUCCGUGAUUAGCAUGCUGAUUGACGCCGGCGCCAGCGUCACCUCGAGCGACAUUGACGCCAAUACCGCGCUGCACAAGUGCUGUUACAGCGGCUAUCACAAGUGUGGCGAGCUGUUGCUGCAGCACGGCGCCGACAUUGAAGCGCGCGACGUCAAUGGCAUCACCCCGCUGCUCAAGGCCGCGUCCAACAAGCACUAUCGAUGCCUGCUGAUGCUGAUUGAGAAGGGCGCCGACGUCAAUGUCAAGGACCUCUUUGACUCGACGGCGCUCCACCAGGCCUGCUACAAGGGCAGUGACAAGUCCGUCUCGCUGCUGAUCCAAAAGGGUGCGCUGGUCAACACUGGCGACAAGGAUGGCCACUCGCCCCUUCACAACGCUGUCUUCAACGGCUUUGAAGAAUGCACCAGGAUUCUCCUGGACAAGGGUGCCAGCAUCGAUCAGCGGGCACUUGAUGGUUGCACGCCACUCCACUACUCUGCCUCCAAUGGAUUCGAGAACUGUGUCAGUCUCCUUACAAGACGAGGUUGUAAAUUAGAUAUAAUAGAUGAGAAGAGAGGUAGGACUGCACUACACUUUGCUGCUAGCAAGGGUACAAUUGGAUGUGUUGAGAUAUUGUUAAAGGCUGGCGCCGAUGUGAAUAUCAAGGACCUUUCUGGAAAGACUGCCAAGAACCUAACAAAGAAUCCAGACAUCAUUGCUUUGCUCUCAUCCUAUGAGGAGAAGAAGAGGAAACAGAAGACUACCAAGCAUAAGAACUCAACAAUCAAAUCAAAGAAGAACAAGGACAAGGACAAGGAGAGGGAUAAUGACAAGGACAAGGAUAGUACAGACAAUGGAUCAACAACAACAACAACGAUUGUUGCAGCAACAGCAGCACAACAACAACAACAACAGAUUAUGAAACAUACAUCAUCACCAUUGAAUGAUUCAUCAGAUUCUGCAUAUAAACAAGAGACAAAUAGUGUUGUGAACGAACCAUCAACGCCAGUGAAGGAGGAAGCUGGACCAACUUCAACAUCAUCAACAUCCACCACAUCAUCAGUAACAAGCACAAGCACAACAACCACCGCCACAAUGACAGGAUCCACCACCAUCCCAUCAUCUCCAAACAACAACAACAGUAGUACAACUCAUCCAUCAAUAUCCAGGACAGGUUCAAUGGAUUCAAUCAGCAGCGAGAGAGAGUAUGGCGCAGAGGUCACGCCCAAGCUGGACAUCUACGGCUUUGUCAAGUCGUCCAGCACAGUCGGCGACGAGACCACUGUGCGCACCAAAAAGACAGAGAAGCGCGAGCGCAAAUGGACCAAGAUGAUCAAGAACUGGCCAAAGUUCUCAAGGACUGCCAAGCUCCGCGAUCGCCUGCCCAAGGGCGUGCCCAGCUCGCUGCGCGGCUUUGUCUGGCAGCACCUGCUCAACGUGCACGACAUCAAGAAUCGCGCCUCCGUCUCAUACCAGGAGCUGUUGGGCAAGCCUGCGCAGCCGGCCAUCGUGGCGCAGAUCCAACGCGACCUCAACCGCACGUUCCCCAAGCACAGCUUCUUUGUGGAGAAGGGCGGCUUUGGCCAGCAGAUCCUCUGCAACAUCCUGACGGCGUUCUCUGUGUACAACCCCGAGGUUGGCUAUUGCCAGGGUAUGGGCUUCAUCACCUGUCUGCUCAUCAUCUACAUGGCCGAAGAGGAUGCCUUCUGGGCCCUCGUGCAACUGUCCGAACGCUACGGAAUGGCGGAUGUCUGGAAGCCUGAGUUCCCCUACCUCCAAACCUCCUUCACAUUGCUCAACACAAUGUUGGAGACACAUCUGCCACAACUCUAUGCACAUAUUCAACGCCAGAAUGUAUUCACGCCACUGUACUCAUCACAAUGGUUCAUCUGUUUGUUGAUAUAUAACUUGCCAUUCCCAUUGACCGUUCGCAUUUGGGAUGUAUUCCUGAAUGAUGGCCUGGUGGUCAUAUUCUCGGCGGCAUUGGCGUUGUUCAAGAUGCACGAAGACGAUUUGUUGAAGAUGGAAUUCGAGGACAUACUCAAUCUGCUAAAGUUUGCCAAUGGCGAGGAGAACACGAUGAGGAUUGAUCCAUCGGCAUUUAUGAAGCAGCUCGUACACUACAAGCACAAGAUCAAACACUUUGUCAAUGACGGCCAGAUACCUGAUCCUCAUGGCGGUAGUAUCAAUGGACAUGGUAGUAGUGGCGGCAAUGGUAACAGCAGUAAAGGUUAA